GUGACAUCAGUUAGGUUUGAAGAAGAAAAAAAGUCUCAGCUCUCGACUCAAACCGUGCAGUGGAGCAACAAGGGGGCCGAGAGCGCCUUCCCGACUUUUUCAAAUAUAUAGCCCGCAAAGAGAACUGGACGAAACUAUAGGCUAUCAUCUCAACUACUAUAACUUGACCUCGUCAACCCGGGGAGUGAGGAUUAUAACACUUAUUCAGAGAAUAUGUCAACCUCAGACGAGGCAGACGGGCUUCGGCCGAGAUAUGGGUCCGUUCUGGAUGGUGUCGAGCGACUCACAGCAGAGGAGAUGGACGAGAGGAGGCAGCAGAACAUGGCCUACGAAUACCUCUGUCAUCUCGAGGAGGCUAAACGGUGGAUGGAGGCGUGUCUGGACGAGGAGCUCCCGCCCACCACAGAGCUGGAGGAAGGGCUUAGGAACGGGGUGUACCUGGCCAAACUCGGCAACUUCUUCGCCCCACAAACCGUUUCCAUCAAGAAAAUCUACGACCGUGAGCAGACCCGCUACAAGGCCACUGGGCUUCAUUUUAGACAUACAGACAAUGUCAUCCAGUGGCUAAACGCCAUGACAGAGAAGGGCCUGCCGAAGAUCUUCUAUCCAGAGACUACAGACAUCUAUGAUAGGAAGAACAUGCCGCGCUGCAUCUACUGCAUACAUGCUCUCAGUUUGUACCUGUUCAAGCUUGGUCUAGCCCCUCAGAUCCAGGACCUGUAUGGCAAGGUGGACUUCACAGAGGAGGAGAUUAACAACAUGAAGAGUGAACUGGAGAAGUACGGAAUCCAGAUGCCUGCCUUCAGCAAGAUUGGUGGCAUCCUGGCCAAUGAGCUGUCAGUGGAUGAGGCUGCGUUGCAUGCAGCAGUGAUAGCCAUCAAUGAGGCCAUAGACCAGGGGGUUCCCGAGGGCACCAUGGCUGCCAUGCAGAACCCCAACGCCAUGCUGCUUCAGAUGAACACCUGCUCUGCCCAGCACUACCAGGACAUGCUGCACAGUGCCAAGGCUGAAAAGGUGGCCAACUCACGCAAACGGCUGGGGGAGAACUCUGACGCAGAGAGAGAUGUCUAUGAAGAGCUCCUCACACAGGCUGAGAUCCAGGGCAACGUCAACAAGGUCAACUUGACCAGUUCCCUGAGUGCAGCCGAGCAGGCCCUGCUGAGUGGUGAUGAAGACCGGCUGUAUGAGGCACUUCGCUCCCAGGCUUUGGGCCUACACCGCCUGCAGGCCCAGAACAAGGGCUGGUACCUCAAACAGCUGAUGGCGGCCCGCGAGGACAAAGAACAGAAUUCUCCAGGAGAGGUGCUGACUAAAGAUGAGUUGCAAACUGGAGUAGAUGCAGCCAAUGGGAUUGCAGCAGGUUACCAGAAAAUGUUGCAGGCGGUGGAGAGGAUAAACGCGGCUGUCAGAGCGGGUGUGCCCGAGAACACGGCAGCAGAGCUGAUGAACCCUGAUGCCCAGCUGCCCGAGGUCUACCCCAGCGCUGCCGACCUCUAUCAGAGAGAGCUGACCAGCCUGCAGCAGCAGAGCCCAGAUGGUUCUCUGUCCCAUCCGGAGCUGCUGGUUGCCGUGGAGAUGUUGUCGUCGGUGGUGUUGAUAAAUAGGGCGUUGGACGUGGGCGACCGGAAUUCCAUGUGGAGACAACUGGCCAGCGCCGUUACUGGACUCAGUAACGUAGAGGACGAAUACGCACAGAGGUAUAUGGAUGAAUUGAUGCGGCUGAAGGCAGUGGCCAGGGAGGAAGGCAGUGACUAUCUGACCUGGAAUGACAUCCAGGCCUGUGUUGACCAGGUCAACUUGACCAUACAGGAGGAGCACGAACGUAUUGUGGCCAUCGGUCAGAUCAAUGAAGCUCUGGAUGGGGGAGACCCACAGAACACCCUAGAAGCCCUCCUGCACUCUGCAGCCAAGCUAACAGACGUAGACCCCUCUGUCGCCCAGCACUACUACGACAAACUGCUUGAGGCCCGCAGGGAGAAGGGACAUGAGACCGAGGACCCCUCUGCUGUGCUCUGGUUGGAUGAGAUCCAGAACGCCAUACUGAUGUCCAAUAAGGAUACACAGGAGGCCAAGCAGUUCUCCCAGGCCAUCCAGGCCAUCAACAGCGCGGUGGACAGUGGCGAGGCGACUAAGACCCUGGCUGCGCUGCGCUCCCCUGGGGCCGGCCUCUACGGAGUCACCCCUGAGUGUGUCCAGAACUACCAGGACGACCUGGCCAAGAUCAAACUGGACAAGACUCAGGAUGGUGACAACGGCAGUGACUGGAUGAAGCACUGGGUGAAGGGAGGACACAACUACUACUACAACCUGAAGACAGGAGAGGGCUCCUGGACUGAACCUGCAGACUUCCUCCAGAACAACAGCCAGCUCAACAAGGAGGACAUCCAGUCUGUGGUUUCCGGGGUGACCACCACCUAUAACCGGGAGCAGCUGUGGCUGGCCAAUGAGAGCCUGAUUGCCAAGCUGCAGGCCGGAUGCCGCGGCUACCUGGUGAGGAAAGGCCUGAAGGAGAGAAAAGACUUCCUGAAAUCUCAGGACCCAGCCAUUACCACCAUACAGGCUCAUUUUAGAGGCUACAAGCAGAGGAAGGUCUACAUAAAGAGGAAGGAAUACCUGAAUGACCACAGUGAGGAUGCUGUAAAGAUCCAGUCGAUGGUGAGGAUGCACCAAGCUCGCAAGAAGUACAGAGACCGCCUGAAGCACUUCAAGGACCAUAUCAAUGAUGUGGUGAAGAUCCAGGCGUUCAUCAGAGCCAACAAAGCCAGAGACGACUACAAGACACUCAUCAACGCUGACGAUCCUCCCAUGGCGGUGGUGCGCAAGUUCGUCCACCUCCUGGACCACAGCGACCAGGACUUUCAGGAAGAGCUGGACUUGAUGAGGCUCCGGGAGGAGGUGGUCACCAACAUCCGCUCCAACCAGCAGCUGGAGAAUGACCUGAACCUGAUGGACAUCAAGAUCGGCCUGCUGGUCAAGAACAAGAUCACCCUGCAGGAGGUGGUGUCGCACAGCAACAAGCUGACCAAGAAGAACAAGGGCGAGCUGUCCAACCUGAUGAUGAUGAACAAACAGAGAGGAGGCCUGAAGGCUCUGAGCAAGGAGAAGAGGCUCAAGCUGGAGGCCUAUCAGUAUCUUUUCUACCUGCUGCAGACCAACCCCACCUACCUGGCCAAGCUGAUCUUCCAGAUGCCCCAGAAUAAGUCCACUAAGUUCAUGGACUCUGUGAUCUUCACCCUGUAUAACUACGCCUCCAACCAAAGAGAGGAGUACCUGCUGCUCAAACUCUUCAAGACCGCCCUGCAGGAGGAGAUCAAAUCCAAAGUGGAUCAGAUCCAGGAGAUCGUCACGGGAAACCCCACGGUCAUCAAGAUGGUGGUGAGUUUCAACCGUGGCGCCCGAGGCCAGAAUGCACUGCGUCAGAUCCUGGCACCUGUCGUCAAGGAAAUCAUGGACGACAAGACGCUGAACAUCAAGACUGACCCGGUGGACAUCUACAAGAGCUGGGUCAACCAGAUGGAGACACAAACUGGAGAGGCCAGUAAACUACCCUAUGAGGUAACACCAGAGCAGGCUAUGAGUCAUGAGGAGGUGCGCACUCGCCUGGAAGCGUCCAUCAAGAACAUGAGGACGGUCACAGACAAGUUCCUGUCCGCCAUCAUUGUCUCUGUGGACAAAAUCCCGUAUGGGAUGCGUUUCACCUCCAAGGUGCUGAAGGACACACUCCAUGAGAAGUUCCCCGACGCUACAGAGGACGAGCUUCUUAAGAUCGUGGGUAACCUGCUGUACUACCGCUACAUGAAUCCGGCCAUCGUGGCGCCCGACGCCUUCGACAUCAUCGACCUGUCGGCCGGAGGUCAGCUGACCACAGACCAACGGCGGAACCUGGGCUCCAUCGCCAAGAUGCUGCAGCAUGCCGCGUCCAAUAAGAUGUUCUUGGGGGACAACGCCCACCUCAACCCCAUCAACGAGUACCUCAGCAGCUCCUACCAGAAGUUCAGGCGUUUCUUCUUGGCGGCGUGUGACGUCCCGUCAUUGGAGGACAAGUUCAAUGUGGAUCAGUACUCUGACCUGGUCACGCUUCAGAAACCUGUCAUCUACAUCUCUAUAGGGGAGGUCAUCAACACACACACGCUGCUGUUGGACCACCAGGAUGCCAUCGCCUCGGAGCACAACGACCCCAUCCACGAGCUGCUGGAAGACCUGGGAGAGGUGCCCACCAUAGAGUCCCUCAUCGGUCAGUACCGUAGAUAUGCCAGAGUCCCUCAUCGGUCAGUACCGUAGAUAUGCCAGAGUCCC